GUCCUGCUCAAAGUGUAUCGAGACGCGAGUGUGAAUGCACAUGCUCCGUGCGCUCAGUGGUUCGAAGAUUUUUUUUUAUGGAGUGUUCCGUUAAGAAACAUAGAAUAGGAGAGGAAGCUCAAGGGGUGUACGAUCGGUAGUAGCAGCAUUUCACCGAUGAGGAACCUCGCAAUCUUCGAGGGAUUCGGAUUGUGGUGAUUUUAAGGUGAAGAAGAAUCUUGAAAGUGCAAAAAAUCAAGAAAGUGAGCGCUACAGCAAGGAGCAACGCAUGCAUAGUGUGAAGGGGGAGGAUUUUAUGGAUGUGCAUCUAGAAAAGAUAGUAGUAGCCCGUUUUGGCAUAGUGUGAAUUCCCGGAAGUCCUGUGGGGACUCUGCACAGUAUAUUGUAUGGUGGAAGCAAUGGGUGAAUGAGUGAAACCAGAUCAAUGAUGGCCGAAGAAGAUUCGUUGGCAGAAUUUUUAUGUGCAUGAAAAAGGAAAGGUGCGCGCGGUGAUCGUAGAAGAAAUAGAUCAACAAUCCAGCUCAUGCUCCAGGGGCCGAAUUUCAACAAUGCGUGUCAAUCGAGUGGUUGGGCCUUGGAAGACCCUGGAAGAAUCGUGGUGACCUCAGCGGUGAAGAAAGGAGUCAACAGUGAGUGAGAAAACGAAUUGGAUGAUCGAGAAGAAGUUAGAUAAGUGUUAAAACUAGUGCGCGUAAACCGGAAGAACAAAAUUGUGAAGCGGGUUGGACCGGAACCUACCCGCGCCUGAAAGGAUUUACAUAUCAUAUCAACCGGAGCAGAAACUCCCCGAGUGUUCGAGAGAUCGUUUCAACAAUCUGGAACUAUGUGGUUAACGACGACCACCCGCAGGAGGUCGUCCGUCGGCCAUUACGGCGCUCCUGGCCUACUAUCGUCAAAUACUCGGAUUACUCUACUCGUCAUCGGAUUGUUCCUAGCCGUAUGCAUUGAUUCCGCUUCCGGCUUUCUGUCGUGUUCUCCAUCGCCGUGUAAACAUGGAGGAUCAUGCAUCAGUAAACCGAACGGAGCAUCCUACUGCAAUUGUACGUCGCGAUAUACCGGUGAAUUUUGUGAAUUUCCGAAUCCGUGUCACAUCGGUGCGGGUCCUCGGUGUCAGAACGGGGGCACCUGUGAGGUGACGUCCCGCGAUGGCAUUCCGUCGUUUUCGUGUCGGUGUCCGAUCGGUUUCACCGAGAGUUUGUGCGAAAUUCCGGUGAAGAACGCGUGCGAUUCGUCUCCGUGCAACAACGGCGGUACCUGCAAGCUGAAGUCCCUGAGCGAGUACACGUGCAUGUGCGCCACCGGUUAUUCGGGAAAAUAUUGCGACAAGCAGAAUCUCUGCGCGUCGUCUCCGUGUCGCAACGGAGGCACUUGCACACUGUCCCCAAACGGGCAUGUCAAGUGUAUUUGCCCGAAGGGGUUCAAGGGUUCGACGUGCUCCGAGGACAUCGAAGAGUGCAUCAAGAACCCUUGCGUCAACGGUGGCAAGUGCGUCAACACACAUGGAUCCUACCAAUGCAUGUGUGAACCCGGAUACACUGGCAAAAAUUGCGAGUCCCACUACAUUCCCUGUUCGCCAUCGCCGUGCCAAAACGGGGGCACUUGCAAGCAGUCGACGAAAUUUUCCUACGAAUGCAAAUGUCCGCCAGGUUUUCAAGGCAAAAACUGCGAGGAGAACAUCGACGACUGCCCGGGUAAUAUGUGUCAAAACGGUGGCACCUGCGUGGACGGGGUCAAUGCCUACCACUGCAAGUGUCCGCCGAGCUUUACCGGCGAGUACUGCGAAACGGACGUGGACGAGUGCGUGCAGCAGCCGACGAUCUGCAAGAACGGGGCCACCUGUACCAACACCCACGGCGGCUACAACUGCAUUUGCGUGAACGGCUGGAAUGGGCCCGAUUGUAGCAACAAUAUCGACGAUUGCGUCGAUGCGGCCUGCUUCAACGGGGCGACCUGCAUCGACGGGGUCGGGAGCUUCUACUGCCGGUGUACGCCCGGUAAGACGGGUCUGCUGUGUCAUCUGGACGAUGCCUGCACCUCCAAUCCGUGCCAUGCGGAUGCAAUCUGUGAUACCAGCCCGAUCAACGGAUCGUUCACCUGUUCCUGCGCUUUGGGCUACAAGGGGAUCGACUGUUCCGAGGAUAUUGACGAGUGCGAUCAAGGUUCCCCGUGCGAGCACAACGGCAUCUGCGUCAACACGCCCGGGUCCUUUGCCUGCAACUGUACCCAGGGCUUCACCGGUCCACGCUGCGAGACCAACGUCAACGAGUGCGAGUCCCAUCCGUGCCAGAACGAGGGCAGCUGCCUCGACGAUCCGGGAACUUUUCGCUGCGUUUGCAUGCCAGGAUUCACCGGAACGCAGUGCGAGAUCGACAUCGACGAGUGCGCCACCAACCCGUGUCUGAACGGUGGCAUCUGCCGGGAUCUGAUCAACUCGUUCAAGUGUACCUGCGCCAUCGGCUUUACCGGGCUGCGCUGUCAGAUCAACAUCGACGAUUGUAUGUCGCAGCCGUGUCGAAAUGGGGGCAUCUGCCACGAUUCGAUUGCUGGGUACACGUGCGAGUGCCCGCCCGGCUAUACGGGAAUGUCCUGCGAGACGAACAUCAACGACUGCGCAUCGAAUCCGUGCCACCGGGGAACCUGCAUCGACGGGGACAAUUCGUUUACGUGCCAGUGCAAUGCGGGUUACACCGGGUACCUGUGCCAGAUUCAGAUCAACGAGUGCGAAUCGAACCCAUGUCAGUUUGGAGGGCACUGCGAGGACCUGGUUGGAGGAUACAUUUGCCGCUGUCAGCCGGGAACUUCCGGCCCGAAUUGUGAGGUUAACGUAAACGAGUGUCACAGCAAUCCGUGUAGGCACGGAGCCAAGUGCAUCGACGGAAUCAACAGGUACACGUGCCAGUGUGUACCAGGGUUUAUGGGAACGCACUGUGAGACGAAUAUCAACGAGUGUGCUUCGGAUCCCUGCGCCAACGGUGGAGUUUGUAUGGAUUUGGUCAAUGGCUUCCGGUGCGAGUGCCCUCGCGGGUACUUCGAUGCCAGGUGUUUGAGCGAUGUUGAUGAGUGUGCUUCGAAUCCGUGCAUCAACGGAGGACGGUGCGAGGAUGGUGUUAACCAGUUUAUCUGCCAUUGUCCACCGGGAUAUGGAGGCCGACGAUGCGAGACGGACAUCGAUGAAUGUGGAUCGAACCCUUGUCAACAUGGCGGAAUCUGUCGCGACGGGUUGAACUCCUACACUUGUCAGUGUAUGCCGGGAUAUUCGGGAAGAAACUGCGAAAUCAACAUCGAUGACUGCGUCAACAAUCCCUGCCGCAAUGGAGGUUCCUGCAUCGAUCUAGUCAACGGCUACAAAUGCGUUUGCCGAGUUCCGUUCACUGGACGGGAUUGCGAAUCGAAGAUGGAUCCUUGCCUGCCAAAUCGCUGCCGUAACGGUGCCAAAUGCUCGCCAAGUCCGAACUAUAUGGACUUCUCCUGUAGCUGUACGCUAGGCUACACCGGAAGACUGUGCGACGAAGACAUUAACGAGUGUGCUCUAUCCUCACCGUGUCGAAAUGGUGCCACCUGCAGAAACACCAACGGAUCGUAUCAAUGCCUUUGCGCCAAGGGCUACGAAGGGCGCGAUUGCACGGUCAAUACGGACGACUGUGCUUCUUUCCCGUGUCAAAAUGGUGGAACCUGCCUGGACGGUAUCGGAGACUACACUUGUCUUUGCGUCGAUGGCUUCGAGGGCAAACACUGCGAAGUCGACGUCAACGAGUGUCUGUCCUUGCCUUGCCAGAACGGAGCAACUUGCACGCAAUACGUCAAUUCUUACACCUGUACCUGUCCGCUGGGCUUCAGCGGAAUGAACUGCCAAACCAACGACGAAGACUGCACGGAAAGCUCCUGCAUGAACGGUGGCACUUGCAUCGACGGAAUCAAUAGCUACAAUUGUUCCUGUCAAGCCGGGUUCACCGGAGCCAACUGCCAGUACAAGAUCAACAAAUGCGACUCGCAACCGUGCCGAAACGGUGCCACCUGCUACGACUACGACAACGACUACACGUGCCACUGUUCGUACGGCUACACCGGAAAGCAAUGCAUGGACUACGUAGACUGGUGUUCGCAGUCUCCGUGCGAAAACGGCGCCACCUGCAUCCAACGAGAGAACGUCUACCAGUGCAUCUGCGCCCCAGGUUGGACCGGAAAGCUGUGCGACGUAGAAAUGGUGUCCUGUAAGGACGCAGCCAUUCGAAAACGAGUCGAACAGAAAAUGCUGUGCCACAACGGAACUUGUGAAGACUUUGGAAACUCCCAUCGCUGCCAUUGCCAGCAGGGCUACACCGGAUCCUACUGCCAGAAGGAGAUCAACGAAUGCGAGAGUCAACCGUGCCGAAACGGUGGUCACUGCAAGGAUCUUAUCGGAUCGUACAAAUGCAUCUGCAAAAAGGGCUUUCAGGGCCAAAACUGCGAACUGAACAUCGACGAAUGCAAGCCGAAUCCUUGCCGCAAUGGAGGAAUCUGUCACGAUCUGAUCAACGACUACAAGUGCUCGUGCCCGCCGGGUACGCUCGGAGUGCUGUGCGAAAUCAACACGGACGAUUGCGUUCCGGGAGCAUGCCACAACAACGGAAGCUGUAUCGACAAGGUCGGUGGGUUCGAAUGUCGCUGUCCGCCGGGCUUUGUCGGAUCUCGCUGCGAAGGUGACAUCAACGAGUGUCUGUCGAAUCCGUGUUCGAAUCCGGGAACGCUGGACUGCGUCCAGUUGGUCAACGACUACCAUUGCAACUGCAAACCGGGUCACAUGGGACGACACUGCGAGAUUAAGGUGGACUUCUGUGCAAACUCGCCUUGUUUGAACGGCGGUCUAUGCUCAACUCGUCAAUCCGGACAUCACUGUGUAUGCGCGGAUGGCUACUACGGCAAGAAUUGUGAAUUCUCCGGACAUGAUUGCGAUUCGAAUCCGUGCAUUAACGGAUUAUGUCAGAUUGCGGACGACGGAGGUUACCGAUGCGAGUGUCCGCUGGGAACCAGCGGAAUCAACUGUGAGAUGGACAUUCUGGACGAGUGUAAUUCGACUCCGUGCGAGAGGGGAGCCGCUUGUCAGAAUAAGCUGGGCGACUUUGAGUGCUUCUGUCCGCCGAAGUGGGCCGGUAAGACUUGUAACACAUAUGAUCCGACGUAUAAGGGAUGGUUCGAGAGUGCUAGUAAGAAGAAGGGAAUUCUGAACACUUAUGCUAUCGAUUUGGAGUAUCAGAGAGCGCAGUGCGUGAAGAAGGGUUGCCGGGAGAAGCAGGGUAACCAUAGGUGCGACGAGGAGUGCAAUACGUACGCUUGCGACUUCGAUGGAAACGACUGUUCGCUGGGAAUCAAUCCGUGGUUGAACUGCACGGCCAGUAUCAACUGCUGGGAAGUGUUCCAAGACGGGUUCUGCAACGAGGAGUGUAACAAUGCUCAGUGCUUGUUCGACGGACGGGAUUGCGAGAAGAAGCUACAGCCAUGCAAUCCGGUUUACGAUGCGUACUGUCAGAAGCACUACGCCAAUGGGUUCUGUGACUACGGAUGUAACAAUGCCGAGUGUAACUGGGACGGUUUGGAUUGCGAGAACGAGAGGGAACCGGCUCAAUUGGCGGAAGGUGCCAUUUCGAUCAUCCUGCUGAUGGAUAUGGAGACGUUUAAGAAGAACUCUGUUCAAUUCCUGCGUGAUCUGGGUCAUCAGCUGAGGACGACGGUUCGGAUCAAGAAGAACAACGCCGGAAUGGAGAUGAUCUUCCCCUGGAAGGGUGGCACCGCUCUGCAGGGACUAGCUGAGAGCGAGUUCGGACGCAAGCACCACGUGGUCUACACGGAAACCCGUCAGACCGGUAUUCAAGUCUUCCUGGAGUUGGAUAACCGUAAGUGCAUCGGAAUGACUGGUGCUGAGUGCUUCGGAACGGCCAGUGAAGCUGCAGAGUUCCUUGCCGCUACGGCCUCGAAGCAUUCUCUGUCGAAGCAGUUCCCGAUUUAUCAGGUCAAAGGAGUCAACCCGGAUGACGAUGGCCUUCCAGAGCAAACGAACACAAACUACGUACUGCUUGGUUUCUUCAUCGGAUUGCUACUGUUUGCCAUGUGCGGAGUGUUGGUGGCUAACCGCAAGCGAGCUCAUGGUGUCACAUGGUUCCCGGAAGGAUUCUUCACUGCCAAUACCAACGUUCGAAGGCCAUCGCGUAGACGACCGGAUGGACAGGAGAUGCGCAAUCUCAACAAGAAUCCUUCGAUGGUGGAUAUGUCCAAUGGACACAUGGGUAACUCGCAGCAGUGGUGCAACAGCGAUGACGAAUCAGAGAUGCCGCAGCCGAAACGGAUGCGUGGUAUCGAUCAGGGUUACUCGAGUGAUCACACCGCGAUCACGGACUACGAGGAAACGGAACCUAGGGUGUGGUCGCAACAGCACUUUGAAGCUGCUGAUAUCCGAGAUCAUCCGGCUAUGAUGACGCCUCCGACGCACCACGAUGGCGGCCAUAAUGACGUGGAUGUGCGAGGACCUUGCGGAAUGACACCGUUGAUGGUGGCUGCGGUUCGCGGUGGAGGCAUGGAUUCGGGAGAAGACAUUGACACUGCUGACGAUUCGACUGCUCAGAUCAUUUCUGAAUUGGUUGCCCAAGGUGCCGAGCUUAAUGCAACUAUGGAUAAGACUGGCGAGACUUCCCUGCACUUGGCGGCACGUUACGCUCGGGCGGAUGCAGCCAAGAGGUUACUAGACGCUGGAGCCGACGCCAACAGCCAGGACAAUACCGGCCGUACUCCUCUGCAUGCAGCAGUAGCUGCCGAUGCCAUGGGUGUGUUCCAGAUUUUGCUGAGGAACCGGGCAACUAACCUAAACGCCCGGAUGCACGACGGAACGACACCUCUGAUACUGGCGGCUCGUCUUGCGAUAGAAGGAAUGGUUGAAGAUCUAAUCACUGCCGACGCCGAUAUCAACGCUGCGGAUAACAGUGGCAAAACUGCACUACACUGGGCUGCGGCCGUCAACAAUGUAGAUGCUGUGAACAUUCUCCUAACGCACGGUGCCAAUCGGGAUGCUCAGGAUGAUAAGGACGAGACUCCGCUAUUCCUGGCCGCUCGCGAGGGAUCGUUUGAGGCGUGCAAAGCUCUGCUGGACAACUUUGCCAACCGGGAUAUCACCGACCACAUGGAUCGGUUACCACGGGACGUCGCCAGCGAACGGAUACAUCAGGACAUAGUCCGACUGCUGGAUGAACACGUUCCACGCAGUCCGCAGAUGGUGACGACGAUCCCGAACACGAUAAUGUCACCGACGACGCACCCGCAUAUGAUUACUCAUCCGACGAUCAUUGCCUCGACGAAGCAGAGUAAACAGAAGAAGCGGGCCAAGGUGAAUGGAGCCGUCGGAGGGCCACUGAACCCAAACAGCCCGGACAAUGAUGGCAGCAUCCGUCGGAAAGCAGUGGCCAAGAAGCCGAACGGAGCCGCGCUGAAGAAGAAUCAGAACCUUGGCGAUGUGCAGAUUUCGGACGACCAGCUGAGUUCCGUGGAAUCGCCGCUGGCCAACAUCCCCAGCCCGUACGACACAGUCAGUUUGUACUCGAAUGCAAUGGCCGUGCACCAGAUGGAUACGAUGACCGGCGGCACCAAGAAGCCACCGAGCUACGAGGAUUGCAUUAAGAGUGCUCAAUCGAUGCAAUCGCUGCACAACAUCAACUUGGACAACUAUGGCUACUCGAUGGGGGGUGCUGGUACUGGGAAUACGCCCUUCCAGGACCUGCUGAUGAACCAGCGGGGCAAUGUGGCUGCCAACAUGAUGCACGCGAUGCAUGCGAUGGGCGAGAGUGGUCUCAGUCCACCGUACUCGAACCAAUCGCCGCCGCACUCGGUGCAGAGUAAUCUGGCGCUGUCGCCGCAGGGGUAUAUCGGUUCACCAUCGCCGGCUAAAACGCGGCCCAGUUUGCCGACUUCGCCGACGCACAUCCAAGCGAUGAGGCACGCCCAGCAGCAGAAGCACGGUGUGCAAAUGAUCUCGAACGGAAGUAUGCAACAGCAGCAGCAGCAGCAGCAACAGCAACAGCAACAACAGCAACAACAGCAGAAUAGUGGUAGUAUAGGCUGUGGACAGCAGCAGCAACAACAGCAACAGCAGAGCAGUAGUAAUAACAAUAGCAGUAACACAAACAGUGCAAUGUUGGCCAACCUGCAGAUGAGCUUUGUCAACGGUUCCUCCGGACUGGAGCUGGCGGGCUUCUGCAGUCCUACAGGUCAAGGAUCUCAAGCAACCACAUCGCAAAACACAACCGCCACCACCAUCUCGUCGCCAUCGUCGUCGACCAUGUCGUCGGCGCACCUAUCGCCGCUGUCUUCCGCGUCGGCGCACUGCCAGCAGUCAACGCUGAACAGCCAGCAGUCGUCGUUCUACCAGUAUCUAACGCCACCGAGCCAGCACAGCGGGGGCAUAACGCCACAGCAUCUGGUCCAGACGUUGGAUAGCUACCCGACGCCAUCGCCGGAAUCGCCCGGCCACUGGUCUAGUUCCUCGCCGCACUCGACUUCGGACUGGUCCGAAGGGGUUCAGUCGCCCGCCGCGGCCAACAUGAAUGUGUACGUGACGAGCGCUGCAACCGCGGGCCAUCAGGCCAACAAGGGUUCCGAAGCGAUCUAUAUCUAAUCGCGGAACCGUGCCAGGUAAGCGUAGACCGCUGGGAAAAAAAACAGUUAUUACAAGUGCCUCGUCCUAAAUGUUGAGAAACGUUGAAGGGCCGUGUCCCCUUCAACGGGGACACGGUCAGCCUGUACAGAGAGUGUCUCCCCCUCCACUUCGCCAAAUAUUGUCCGCAAUGCGAGGACCAAGGCGAAGCGUGAUAGUGAUAAUUUAUUCGAUAAUUUAACUAGUUUUUAAACAAUUUGUUGCAAAAGACUUCCCCUCUUCAAGGACAACAGAGCGUGCUGAAAUACACUGCUUAAUGUAUGUGCGUGUGAAUGUGUGAGUGUGCUACUACGCCUGUAAGUACGUAUGUGUCAGUGAACGAUAUUAUUCGAAACGAGGAAACCGAGCAUUCCUCCGUGUGCGUAAAUUCCUUUCUUAACAAAAGAAACGAAACGAUUUUAUUCGAAAAUAAAAGACAAAUUGUACAAUACUUUUUUUAUAUAUAAACAGACAAUUUUAGCAAAAGCAAAUGUGCGCAUUUUUUUACAAGCACAAACAAAGGCGAAACGAUCCUCUCUUUUGCAUUUUAAAUCUACAUGACAUUUUUGUUCGCUUAGAAAAAGAAAACGUAAUUUUAGUCACCCCCUGUUGUAAAUAAUAACGCGUACGGACAAGAAACUCAAGAAACAUGGUCUGAUUAAUAGGUUAGGAAUUCUUUACACGAAAAAAAUACAAAUGAAAACGUGCUACAAUUAGCGAGUAAUGUUUUUUUCAAUACAGAUCGUAUCGUAUUUUUCUCAUCUAAUGAACUAGGAAUGGGAUUUUUGCCCCCUUAAGGACCAUUCCUGACUCAUGGAGAAUAAAUAAACAAACAAAUAUAUACGGCUUCGACCCAUUUGUAGAUGUUGUACAUAGUCACACACACUAAAACAGACAGAUCAAAUAUUAUAAAAAUACACUUUUUUCUAUUCGAAAAUAAAACUGUAAUAUUUUAUUGAGAAUUUUUAAUGUAACGAUUUUAUAAAACAAUCAACUCGAUUUUAAAAAAAACAGCAACUAGCUUAGUAGGAAAAAUGGAAAUUCUCUCUUUUUUAGCGGGAAAAAAAAAGACAAAUUUUGUUGACAUUUUUUUUUUGUUCUCAACUCUGUUCUCAACUAUUCAACGAGAAUCUCAGUGUGCGAUGAUCAAAACGAAAAGAUAUCCAGUGAACCCGACUAGGGGUAGCAUUUGCAAUAAAUUAAACUCACACUCACAGAGUUCAUAGUAAAA